AUGGCGCCGCCGACAUGCCGUUCUGGGGCUGGGGCCGAAGCCGCGCUGCUGCUGCUGCUGGUGGCGCUGACGGCGACGAGCGGCAUCGCGCGGGCCGCGGCGCAGCGGGUGCCGGCGGUGAUCGUGUUCGGGGACUCCACGGUGGACACGGGCAACAACAACCAGAUCCCCACCCCGCUGCGCGCCGACUUCCCGCCCUACGGCCGCGACAUGCCGGGCGGGCCGCGCGCCACCGGCCGGUUCGGCAACGGGCGGCUGCCCCCGGACUUCAUCUCCGAGGCGCUCGGCCUGCCGCCGCUGGUGCCGGCCUACCUCGACCCGGCCUAUGGCAUCGACGACUUCGCGCGCGGCGUGUGCUUCGCGUCCGCGGGCACUGGGAUCGACAACGCCACCGCCGGAGUCUUGUCAGUGAUCCCGCUGUGGAAGGAGGUGGAGUACUACGAGGAGUACCAGCGGCGUCUCCGUGCGCGCGUGGGUGCGUCCCGCGCCGCCGCCAUCGUCCGCGGCGCGCUCCACGUGGUGAGCAUCGGCACCAACGACUUCCUGGAGAACUACUUCCUGCCGCUGGCCAUGGGGCGGUCCGCGCAGUUCACGGUGCCCGAGUUCGAGGACUUCCUCGUCGCCGGCGCGCGGCAGUUCCUGGCGCGGAUCCACGGCCUCGGCGCGCGCAGAGUCACCUUUGCGGGGCUCGCCGCCAUCGGCUGCCUGCCGCUCGAGCGCACCACCAACGCGCUCCGCGGCGGCGGGUGCGUCGAGGAGUACAACGACGUGGCCAGGAGCUUCAACGCCAAGCUGCAGGCCAUGGUGCGCGGCCUCAGGGACGAGCUCCCCAGGCUCCAGCUUGUCUACGUCUCCGUCUACGAGAGCUUUCUCCGCCUCAUCACAAACCCACAAAAAUUUGGGCUGGAGAACGUGGAGGAGGGGUGCUGCGCGACAGGCAGGUUCGAGAUGGGGCUCAUGUGCAACGACGACGCGCCGCUGACCUGCGACGACGCCAGCAAGUACCUCUUCUGGGACGCCUUCCACCCCACGGAGAAAGUGAACCGGCUCAUGGCCAACAACACCCUCCAAGCGUGCUACCAACAAGGCGUCCUGUAA